CAGCGCCAGAAGUAUGUUGUUGCUAGUUAGCAGCUGGCUAGCACGUUGGUCGUUUUGUUUUUUUUUUACUAAUAAGCCAACACAUUAUCCAUGAGUGCAGCAUAAUUUAUAAGUGAAUGUCUUUACUGGGGCACAGUUCGUUGAUAUCAGAGCAAUGUCGGACAGAAAGAGAACAAGAGAGAAGGAGGACAGACGAGACCACAAGAGACACAAGACAUCCAAACAGGAUUUGGAGAAACUCAAAACACAAACGAAAAGACUCAACCAAGAUGUCCAAAAACUGAAACAUGUUGAGACGUUCUACGAGAAACCUCCCCCGGGAUUCAUAAAGGAGCACCAGGACAAACCAGAGGACUGUAUUCCUGCUGAACCAGGAAAUGAAGAAGCCAGGAGCUUCCUGGCCCACGCCCCCACCAAGGGGCUGUGGAUGCCACUGGGGAGGGAGGUGAAGGUGAUGCAGUGUUGGAGAUGCAAGCGCUACGGCCACAGGACAGGAGAUCGAGAGUGCCCGUUCUUCAUCAAAGGCAACCAGAAACUGGAGCAGUUCAGAGUGGCUCAUGAAGACCCAAUGUAUGACGUCAUUCGGGAAAACAAAAGGAAUGAAAAAGAAACCAGGAUCCAGCAGCUGCAGCAGCUGCUCCAGGACACCACCUCCUCCAAUUCAGACAGCUCCUCCUCUUCCUCGUCCUCAUCCUCAUCUGACCACCAUCGCAGUAAGAAAAGGAAGAAGAGGAAGGACAAAAAGAAGAAAGACAAGAAGAAGAGAAAAAGGAAACGAAAGCACAAGUCCUCCAAAACCAGCGACUGCUCAGAUUCAGAUUGAGCGCUUGGAACAUAUGUGCUACGUACAUUGAACGUAGGAAGAGACCGCGAAUGAAGUAGCAGCAAUGGUAGAUCUCACGCAGUAGUGAAGUGUGUUCUUCAGAGUGCCUCAGUAAGAACGGCAUUCUGGAGGCCUUUCUAAGCCUUUUCUCUGCAGGUUGAACCCCUUAAACUGUAAAUCCACUGCGCAUGACUUCUCCCAGCCAUUUAAUUCUCUCCAGGAUGACGCGUUGCAUUUACAUCGACUCUGUUAGAUCACACACCACGGGGUCAUAUGGAACAGCUGCCUGAGUAAGUGUGUGUAUAUAUGCCUUGGUGCAUAUGUUUCAAAAAGCAUUAGCCGCAUGGGGAAUGAAUCUAGUCAUAUGAAAUGAGCCCGCUGAUGUAAGAGAUAAAGUUGUUUUACGGGGUAUAGUAAGAUAGCAUGUCAGCAGAUAGAGUAUGUUAUUAAGAGAUUGUAGUUUCCACCAUUUUUUAUCCCUGCUUUUAAAUACUUUGAUUGUAGUGUGGUAAAUGCAGAGAGGUGGGGGAAAAAAGUCCAAAUUAAAUGUUGCGAGUACAGUAUGAAUUUGUCUUCCACACAAGAUUGAAUGUUUGGAUGCUUGUGACUGUACAUAAAUAUUUUGAGGUUGGAAUAUGCUUAUUUGCUCUGGAGAGAGGAAAAAGCCCACAGAGAUGGGGAAAGAAUGUAUGUGAAUGUGUUCCCUUAUUCUGAGAAUAAAGAUGGUUCUUUUUCUGCAA